AUGCGGUCCCUUAAUAUCUCGUCCUACUCGAAACCAUCCGAGUAUCAGGUCUCAGACUUGCCCAAGCCUGAACUACAUAGUCCCAAAGAUGUGCUUGUCAAGGUUUAUGCGGCGAGCAUCAAUCCAAUCGACGUUAAACGAGCCGAUGGAGCUCUCAAGCUGGCACUGAAAGACAGCGAGUUCGUUACAUGCGCCGAGGAAUACAUUGGACUCAAGCCGCCCUCGUUGUCUUUCGAAGAGGCUGCAUCCAUUCCAUUAGCAGCAAUGACGGCACUCCAAGCGCUCCGCAAGUAUCGGGGCGAUCUUGCUGGGAAAACAGUCUUUGUGCCCGCUGGAUGUUCGAAUCCCCAAAUCUCCACAUUUUUGAUAGAUUUUGCUAACGGUUUUCACCGCAUCGUGUCCGUCUCAACGCUACCAUCCGGUGACCAGCUCCAGUCGUCAUCGUUGAUGGACCUGCCUCAUCGCCCUAAGAUCCCUAUGCCCUUCCGAAUGGGACUAAAUCUGUCCGAUCAGAUUCGCAAGCUCAGAGCACGACGGUACAACACGGAGUACUCAUAUAUGUUUCUGGAAUCCAGUGGCAAAGAUCUAGACGACUUGCGGCGGCAUGUUGAAGAGGGCAGGCUGAGGACCAUCGUGGGUACGACUGUUGAUCUUCAAGAUACAUCGUCGGUGCGAAAUGCAUGCGACAUUGUUUACAGUGGAAGGGGUGGUCUUGGGAAGGUGGUUAUUCGGGUCAAAGCUGACAACUCGUCUUGA